AUGGUUUUGAAUCCCGUCGUGCAACUUUUAGACAAUGGAAAUUUAGUAAUUAGAGAUGAGAAGGAUAACAACAAUGAAGAGAGUUUUCUGUGGCAGAGCUUUGACCAUCCUUGUGAUACACUCUUGCAAGGAAUGAAGUUGGGGUGGAACCUUAAAACUGGUCUCAAUAGGUAUCUUAGAGCUUGGAAAAAUUGGGAUGACCCAUCUUCGGGAGAUUUUACUUCCGGUGUGAAGCUUGGGGUUAAUCCUGAAUUGGCAAUUUGGAAAGGCUCGGUUGAGUACUAUAGGAGUGGUCCUUGGAAUGGGAUUUUUUCUAGUGGGAAUGAAGAUGAAGUGUAUGUUAGGUACACCCUCAAGAAUAGUUCUGUGAUUUCUAUAAUUGUUUUGAACAAAACCCUUAAUCUUCGCCAACGAAUUACAUGGAUUCCUCACACUAGAACUCGGAGUGUAUACCAAUCCCUGCCACAGGACAGUUGUGAUGUUUACAAUGUUUGUGGUGCAAAUGGGAAUUGUGUGAUUAAUGCGUCCCCAGUGUGCCAAUGCUUGGAGGGGUUCAAGCCAAAAUCACUCCAAGAUUGGAAUCAAAUGGAUUGGACACAAGGGUGUGUGCAAAGUGAACCAUGGAGUUGUGGGGUCAAAAAUAGAGAUGGGUUUCGUAGAAUUGCUGGGAUGAAAAUGCCAGAUACCACACAUUCUUGGAUAAAUGAAAGUAUGACACUUGAAGAUUGCAAGGCCAAGUGCAUGGAAAAUUGUUCUUGCACUGCCUAUGCGAACUUGGACACAAGUGAGGGAGGUAGUGGUUGCUCCAUUUGGUUUGGUCAUCUUGUCGAUCUGAGAAUUUCACAAAGUGGGCAAGAUCUAUACGUUCGAAUGGCCACUUCAGAUGCCGAUGCUAAACAUAAGCAUUCAAAAAAGUUAGUCUCAGUGGUCGGAGUCACAAUUUCUGUAGUCCUUCUCGUUCUAUUGGCAUUCUCCUACAUUUACAUGACCAGAAGAAAGUAUAAAGGAAAUGGAAUAUGGACAGAGGAGAAAGAUGAUGGAGGGCAAGAAAAUCUGGAACUUCCUUUCUUUGGUCUUGCAACAAUAAUUAAUGCCACCAAUAACUUCUCAGAUGACAACAAGCUGGGUGAAGGUGGUUUUGGACCUGUAUAUAAGGGUACAAUGCUAGAUGGACAAGAGAUUGCAGGCUUUCAAGGAGUUCAGGACAAGGAUUGA